AUGUAUCAGCAUAUCCUUGCUUUGGUGUUUACUAUCAAAGAGAUCAACAGGAACUCUGAGCUCCUACCAAACAUUUCAUUGGGUUUCCACAUUGUGAACAAUUAUUUCCCGGCGAGGAUAACCUAUAAGGCAAUGUUGAGUUUACUUUCUACACAGCAGAAGUUUGUCCCCAACUUUACCUGUGAUUUAAAGAAAACAUUUAUUGCUGUUAUUGGAGGACGUUUGACAGAGACCUCAUUCAACAUGGCCAUAGUCCUUGCCAACUACAAGAUUCCACAGCUUGCCUAUGGAACAUUUUCUUCAGUACAUGGAGAAAAAGUUGUAUUUCCAUUCUUGUACCAGAUGGUCCCAAAUGAAAUGCAUCAAUACAAUGGUAUUAUUCAAUUACUUCAGCAUUUUGGAUGGAAUUGGAUUGGAAUCUUGGCUAUGGAUGAUGACUAUGGGGAUAUGUUUUUGCAGAAAAUUGAACCGUUGCUUUCCCAAAACAACAUUUGUUUUGCUUUCAUAUUUAGAAUGCCACAAAAAGCAUAUAUAGAUGAAUAUAUACACUUGAUUUCAAUACAGUUAAGAUAUGAUCAACUCUUUAUGGAUGAUAAAGUCAAAGUGUGUUUAAUCUACGCCCUAGCACCAGCCAUGGAAAGCCUGAGAAUUAUCAUCUUGGUAGCAUCUUUUACUUCAUUGCCAUCUUUGGGUAAAGUGUGGAUUAUUACUUCCCAUUGGAAUUUUGAAUCCCUGUCCAUUGAGAAGCUUUGGGACAUACAGAGUUUCCAUGGUGCCCUAUCAUUCACAGUUCGCUCAAAAGAGCCCUCUGGAUUCCAAGAAUUUCUUCAUAGUGUAAGACCAUAUUGGCUUCAUUCUUACUUGCAAAGCAUCAUAUUCAAUAACAGUAUGGGAGACACUAUUACAUUUGAUGAAAACAGAGAACUGAUUACAGGUUUUGAUGUUGCAAACUGGAUUACCUUCCCCAAUAAUUCAUUUUCUCGAGUCAAAGUUGGAACAUUGGAACCUCGGGCUCCAGCAGGGAAAGAAUUAGCCCUUAAUGAAAAUCAAAUUGUAUGGCACAGAAGCUUUAAUCAGGUGCUUCCUCUGUCUGUGUGCAAUGACCACUGCUAUCCAGGCUCCUGCAGAAAGAAGAAGGAAGGAGAGAAAUUUUGUUGCUAUGAUUGUGUGUCAUGUUCAGAAGGGGAGAUCUCUGAUGAAAUAGGUAGGACAAAAAGGUAUAUGGAUGCCUGCUGGAAAUGUCCAGAAAAUGAAUAUCCAAACAGCAUCCAAAACCAAUGUAUUCCCAAAACAUUCACCUAUCUCUCUUAUAAUGAACCUUUGGGAAUAUUCUUUGUGACAUUGGCUACUAUUUUCUCUUUGAUCACAAUCCUAGUGGUUGGAAUCUUUUGGAGGCAUCGAGAAACUCCAAUUGUCAGAGCCAAUAACUGGAGCCUCACUUGUAUCCUCCUCAUCUCCCUUCUUCUUUGCUUCCUCUGCUCCUUCCUCUUUCUGGGAAGACCUGAAAAGAUGACCUGCCUUCUCCGGCAAAUUACUUUUGGCAUUAUCUUCUCAGUGGCCCUUUCGUCUAUAUUGGCAAAAACCAUGACUGUGAUUCUCGCAUUCAUGGCAACCAAACCAGGCUCUGGAAUGAGGAAAUGGGUAGGAAAAGGACUGUCCAAUUCUAUUGUCUUUUCAGGUUCUUUCAUCCAGGUGGGAAUUUGCACUGUUUGGCUGUGUACCUCUCCUCCUUUUCCAGGUAUAGAGCUGCACUUACUGAAGGGAGAAAUCAUAAUGGAAUGCAAUGAAGGUUCGGUUAUCAUGUUUUACUCUGUCUUGGGUUACAUGGGCUUCCUGGCUAGUGUCAGCUUUAACAUUGCUUUCCAAGCCAGGAAGCUUCCCAGCAGUUUCAAUGAAGCCAAGUUCAUCACCUUCAGCAUGUUGGUCUUUUGCAGCGUUUGGUUGACGUUUGUUCCAACCUACCUGAGCACCAAAGGGAGAUACAUAGUAGCUGUGGAGAUCUUCUCUAUCUUAUCCUCCAGUGCUGGUUUACUGGGGUGUAUAUUUUUCCCAAAAUGCUACAUCAUUUUACUGAGACCUGAGAUGAACAAGAAGGAACAUUUAAUAAGGAAAGAAAUGUAG